AUGAAGCCUGGAGCCUGCUCCAGCAGGUUUGGAUACAAGGCAGGAAAAAAUCCUUGUUUAACAAAUGAUAGUAGCAUAUGCUUAAAAUCCAUUGAAAGUGAUGUAAUCAGUCUGUCUACUGCUGAUAAAGAGAACAAGGACCGAGUAUAUGGCUGUGUAAAAAAGUGUUUUAAUUCCUUGUGUCUUCCUUAUGGUGAUGGAGUAGACAAUUUAGCACUAUACAACACCCUUGGUCCUUAUGUAAAGAACAUUAGCCUGAGACUUGUGACAGAGCAAUUGCAGAUAGAGAAAUUGUUUGUCCUUGAAUUGUCUGGAUAUUUAGCAUCUUCUUUGGAUCAAUCUACAGGUAUUAGAGAUUUAAAUCGAACAGUCUUUUCUCUUGUAAAACUUGCCCUCAACUGGACUUCUGAUGAUCAAUUUACAUAUUCUGUGCCUGUGCUGCCUGACGGGUCCUUCACAGCAUCUUUAAGCUGGGUUUACACUAAAUCUGGAACAUACCAAAUAAAUGCAUCUGUCAUGAAUCUGUUGUCCAUUCAGGAAUCUCAUAUUGAAGUAACUUCGCUCAAUCCAGUACCAGCACUCCUGGAAGUGAAAGUGAUGCAGACACCUGAGCAAGUUCCAUCCUGUAUUACUUUUCCUGUGGACAGAGCCACAUCACUUGAGAAGGUUUUCCUAGGAGAACUAUGCAUUUUUAAUGCAUUUGUAUCCAUAGGGACACAUUUGAAGUUUCACUGGCAUUUUACUGACAACAAUAUCACACAUAUUUUAGGAGGUGAAUGUUCCAGAAUGGAAAACUGCCUGAGUAACACAGUUGUAAGUCUUUUUUGUUUAAUAUGGUGAAUUUCAUGUAGUUAAUUUGAAAAGAAUUCCAUCACUGUUUACAGAAUUU